AUGCCCAAACCGACAGAGAUUCAAAUACAACAAAUACAAUUACUCGGUCGAGAUCUCAGAGGUCCAUAUCACGAAAAACUGUGGAAUCAGUUAGAAGCUGAAAUUCAUCUACAUCGUCAUAAAACAGUUAUACGUGCUUGCAGAGAAAGACAAGUGGCAAAAAAAAAUUUAUUUAUGCCUCCUGGGCACGACUUUCAAACUCUAAAAAAACGUCAAGGAGUUGGUGAAUUACGUAUAGUGAAUUUAACAAAAGAUCCAAAAGAAGCUUUAGGAAUUUCUAUCACUGGUGGUAAAGAGCAUGGUCUACCUAUUUUAAUUUCAGAAAUUCAUCAAGGAGGAGCAGUAGAUCGGUGCGGGCAGUUAUAUGUGGGUGAUUCCAUAUUAGCUGUGAAUAGUAUUAACCUGAGAGAUGUAAAACAUACGGAAGCUGUGCAAAUUUUAUCAAGCAUUAAAAGUGAUAUAACAAUGAAUGUGGUUUUUGUUGCACCCGAUAACGAUAGUGAUACUGAAGAAUUGACUAAUUUAACCGAGAAUAAUUUAAAAUAUAAAUUUAUUUCGAAUAAAACCGAUCAUAGUUACGAAACAUCUCAUCCACGCUGUAAACAACAAUCAACAUCAAGUGAUCACAACAACAGUCAUAGUGAGAAUUCGAAUCGAACAAUUGUUAAUGGCUCUAAUGAUAGUUCAAAGCUAAAAGCAACAUUGGAACAAUCAUCGAACGCCAGUGAAUCAAACACCAAAACUGGAGUAUCUGUGAUUGAUCGAUAUCUUAAGUCGACUAGACAAUAUUUACCAUUAAAACGAACGGAUUCUACUUAA